UUAGUUUACAUGCUGUUUCUUGUAGAUCUAAUCAUGAUUCUAAUUGUAAUCAUGAUGGGCGCCGGCAUAAAUGAUUGUGGGAGGGGCUGGAUUCAGUCAACGCCCAAAAUGCUUGACAAAAUCUUCCUAGUUUCUCUUUUCUUUUUGUCUUUGUUCUGUCCAAAUUCUGUACAAAGUCAGUAUAGCGGAGCUGUAAGACUGUGGAGGAAUGGAGCCACGUCUAGUAGUUACACAUCAGGUAGAGUACAAGUGUUUCUGGAGAAUGGUUGGGGUAACGUCUGUGGGGAUCUAAAUGCUUCUCCAUUCCGCCAAGAAGAAGCAGAUGUAACCUGUAGGAAUUUGGGCUACACUGCAUCGUCGCAUUACUCUACUGCUGAGGCUGAUAAUUAUGGUAUUGAUACCAGCCCUACAGUAUUGGAUGAUGUAUCUUGUCCUGCUAAUGGCUAUCACUUGACACUAUUGAGUUGUGUGUAUGAUGAUACUUCCAUUGAUACUCAGUGUACUGAUGCUGAUGAUGUUGGUAUACUCUGCUAUACUGAUAGAAUAUGGUUUGAUCCAUACCCAGGUAUGGUGAGGCUAUCAGGUGGUAUGUAUUCAAAUGAAGGAAUAGUUGAAGUAUACUGUAAUGGUGCCUGGGGUAGAGUGUGUAAUGCAUCAACUGAUGCUGAUGUGAUAUGUACCCAAUUGGGAUAUACUGGAUCACCUAGAGACACUGCUGUUGCUGGUGUUCCUAGUGGUGUAGUCCAUUGGUUUCAUUCAUUGGAUUGUUCAUCAGAUGAUGCUGUAUGUGUAUCUCAUUGUACCAGUUGUCCUACUUCAUCAUCUUCAAUUGUUAGCUGUGCACAAUCUGCUUAUGUCUAUUGUGAGUACAAUGUCAGCAGUGGUAUUAGCAGCAGUAGUGAGAGCAAUUUAUUUACAUGUGACACAAGAGACUACCCUAUUGAUAAUGGAGCAGUGAGAUUAACACGUAAUGGCCUAACAUCACUUGAUUAUACCUCUGGGAUAGUGCAAGUCUAUCAAAAUGGACAAUGGACUAAUAUUUGUCGGAGGAAUACCUUUUCAUUGACUGAGGCACAUGUUCUUUGUCAUCAGUUAGGAUACACUAAUGCUCUUAAUUGGAGCUUCUCUGCCAUUGAAAGUUUACAAUCAGAUGGACAUAUACCAGGUCUUACUAAUGUGAUGUGUUCCAGUUCUGAGCUGUUAGUGAUCCACCAGUGCUCCUAUGAUACAGCAAGAGAUGCACAGUGUACUGAUGGUGAUGACAUCAUAAUAACAUGUGAUAGUACAAGAUUAUUUGAUAACGCCUACUCUGGAAUGAUCCGCUUGGUCGGAAGUGAAUUUGUUAGUGAAGGAGAGGUUGAGGUGUACUGCAAUGGAGUGUGGGGGACAGUAUGUAAUGAUUCAUUUGAUGGAAUUGAUGCAGUCACACUGUGCAGACAGCUGGGAUAUAAUAAUGGACGUGUACCUACUACUGAUAUUGUCACUGGUGGUGAUAAUUCAAGGCCAGUUUGGCUCAAUAAUCUGUCAUGCUCCAGUGGUAGUUCCUGUAUCAGUUCUUGUGCAUCCUGCCCUUCAGUUGUUGGCAAUACCUCUUUAUGUAGUCAUGAGAAGAAUAUUAAUGUACAAUGCUUUAUGUCACCAGUUCAGUCAAGUACAAGUGAACAAACAAUUCAGAAAUGUCAAGCAAUAGAAGCUGGUGUUUCUGUGCCAGGGGCUCUUAUACUGUACAGAAAUGGAACUGUUUCAACUGGUUUUACUUCCGGUCGUGUUGUAGUCUAUUCCAGAUCAUCAGUCUGGGGUAAUGUCUGCCGGUACUCCUCAUUCUCUAUAACGUCUGCUAAUGUCAUAUGCCAUCAGCUGGGGUACACAGGAGCAGCCUCUUGGUCUUACGAAUCCACUGAUAGUUUUGGCGUUGAUACACGACCUGCUGUUAUUCAAAGCGUUGCUUGUCUCAGUUACCAGCUAACAUUAUUCCAGUGCAGUCAGUCCACUCCAGUCACUAACAUACUCUGCACUGACACCAAUGACAUUGGAGUCUCAUGCUAUCAGACAAGAAUAUGGGAUUUUCCUUAUCCUGGAAUGAUAAGAUUAGUCAAUGGUAUCUUUUCUAAUGAAGGACAUCUUGAAGUUUAUUGCUCUGGAGUAUGGGGCACUGUCUGUGCUAGCUUGUUUGACGGAACCGAUGCUACAGUCUUAUGCAGGCAGUUAGGAUAUGCUAAUCAUAAUGAUUUUUCUUAUACAUCAAAUUCUGGUAGUGUCAGCCAGCCUAUAUGGUUGAAUAAUCUUCAGUGUACAUCAGCCAGUAACUGUAUCUCUGAUUGUCAGUCUUGCCCUACAACUGGAUCAGUCAGUCAUGGCUGCACUCAUUCUCAAGAUGUUUACCUCAGAUGCUCUUAUGUUGUGAAUGCAAGUAGUGUAGCAAUGGGUUAUGUUAAUGGCUGCAAGUCAUCUUUUGAAUUCAAUGGUACUCCACAAUCUGGUGCUCUAGUGCUAACAAGGAAUGGAGUAUAUUCAAAGCAGUAUACAUCAGGUCGAGUUGUGAUGUAUGGGAUUGGAGGCUCUUCCAGUAGCAAGUAUUGGGGAAACAUUUGCAGGAGGACCUCAUUUAGCCUGACUGCAGCUAAUGUUAUAUGCCACCAGUUGUCAUAUACAGGUGCUUCAACAUGGUCCUAUGCUGCAGUUGAUCAGUUUGGUGUUGAUACUCGUAUUGCUUUAGUUGGUUCAGUCUCUUGCUCCACUAGUAGAUAUACAGUAUUGCUCCAGCGCAGUAUGUCUGUAGCUGCUGGUAUUAGUAGCCUCUGCACUGAUAAUGACGAUAUCUCAGUCACAUGCUAUACUUCUAGAGUUUGGAACAGCCCAUACUCGGGUCAAGUGAGACUAUCAAAUGGUAACUUCAUUAAUGAAGGACUGGUUGAGGUGUAUUGCAAUGGAGAAUGGGGCACUGUGUGCGACACCACAUUCUCAGCCACAGCUGCCAAUGUGGUAUGCAGGCAGCUAGGAUAUGCUACUUAUUAUAGAUAUGGACAUUUGGCAAUAGUUGGCUCCACCUCACAAUCUAUAUGGUUGAACAGUGUAUCUACUUGUAGUUCUGCUAGUUGCAUUUCUUCCUGUCAGUCCUGCCCUAGCAAUGAGGUCACCUCCUGUGUGCAUGCACAAGAUGUCACAAUCACAUGUUAUUCAACUUCUGUUCGCUCUGCAACAUCUUAUACUAAUUCAACAUGUUUGUCAUCAGCUGAUGAAGGGUUGAGUGGUGGGGCUGUAGCUGCUAUAGCCAUUUCCUGUAUUACAGUUUUUUCCAUGGUAAUACUUUUUAUCAUUUACGUUGACAAAAAAAAGAAAACUGGACGAACUGAUGCUGAGAUGUUCCGGGCUGGUUGGGAGAGCAUUAAAAGCAAAUUUCCUUGUAACACCUCUACUAGUUCUUCCUCAUCGUCUAAUGCUAAUGCUGUAGAACUGCUUGCUGCACCAUCAACUAAUAACACUAAUAAUGAUACUGACACUAACCCCAGUACUAAUGCCAGCACUAGUGGGAAUCAAGAAGCAGCACCUUUGGAAGCAGCAGCUCGUCCUGCUCCUCCGUCGUAUUUUGAGGCAACAGAGACUGCAUUGUUUCCUGCUGAUAAAGCUAAUCUAAAUGAUGAAUCUACUACCACUAAUGAUAUUCCAACAAAUGAUGUGCCACCACUGCCUCCAGAUCCAUAUGGGCUUACAAGAGAAGAGCCUCCUCCUUAUUCUGAGGCAGCAGAUUAAAGUUUCAAAUAUAUUAUAUUAUCAUUAUUUUUAUUCCUCAGUGUCAUUUAUUGUUUUUUUAUUUGCUAUUUAAACUAUACUAGAAUAUUAUUUACAAUGCAUGUCAGUAUUGUCUGUACAGUAUUUGGCAUACAUUCAUCUCUCAAUGCAGCAAUGAAUAUGUGUAAACAUUUUCAUGGGCUACUUUGUUUA